AUGGAAAAGGAACACCAAAAAGAAAUCCAAGAGAGGGAAGAAUUAGAAAAGGAAAACAAAACAUGGUGUGAAAAAUUAGAAAAGAAGGAGGCUCACAAGCCAGCAUUCAAAUCAGAGCCAAAUUUUGUAAAACUAAACAUGAAGAGGAAGGGUUUCAAAUCAAAAAAACGAUUUAAACCCUCUGGAGCAAGAUUUUCUAACAAUUUAUCAAAAAAGAAUUUUAACAAACUGAACAAUACUGAAGAAGACCAAUCAUUAGAUCAAGAAAUUACAAAUGAUACUUAUUCUGAUAUUGAAGAGAAGGAAUCUACAAACUUCGAUGACACCAUUUCACUUAAGUAUUCAAUGGACGAAAUUAUUCGAUCCAAGGAAAAAGCUGAAGAAAUUCUACAAGAGUUCUUCUCUCAUGAAUCAUUUAGACCAGGUCAAUUCGAAACAAUUUCAAGAAUUAUGAACAACCAAUCAUCAUUGCUUAUUUCAGGAACUGGAAGUGGAAAAUCUACUUGUUAUCAAUUUCCUGCGCUCUGCAUGACAUUAGGUAAAUUAGAAUUUGCUAUUGUUGUUUCUCCUCUCAUAUCCUUAAUGGAAGAUCAGCUGAAAAAUCUUAUUCCGACCCUACCAGGUUCUAUACUUACCAAUAAUCAGUCCAGUCAACAAAAAUCUAAAAUUAUUAAUGAUAUUAGAAAGGGGAUCACCAAGAUAUUAUUUAUAUCACCUGAAAGAUUAUGCGACCCAAAAUUUAUUGAACAAUUAAGGCAACUUCCUAAAAUUUCAUUUGCAUGCAUCGAUGAGGCUCACUGUAUGUCUGAAUGGUCUCACAACUUUAGACCUUCAUAUUUAAGCAUUAAAAAUGUAUUGGGGAAGGAUUUGGGAGUGACCACUAUAUUAGCAAUGACAGGUACUGCUACAAGACACACAGAAGAAUCUAUUUGUGAAUAUCUUCAUAUUGAAAAGGAUGGUAUUUAUAGACAGACUUUAGCGAGACACAACCUGAUAAAGACCAUUUCUUUGGGAAUUCCAAGCAAGUUUACAGCCGUACUAAACCUUCUAAAUAGUGAAAGAAUGAGGAAUUGCAAAGAGUCCAUAAUUAUUUAUGCAAUGCAAAGACGAGAUGCAGAGCAGUUAUGUAGCCACUUAAUUAUGAAUGGUAUUCAUGCAAUUCCAUACCAUGCAGGUCUCGACACUUCCAAAAGAAAAGAAAUCCAAAACAAAUUUGUAAAAAAGGAAAUUAACAUUAUUGUUGCUACAGUAGCCUUUGGAAUGGGAAUCAAUAUUUCAAACGUUCAGGCUGUCAUUCAUUUCAAUUUACCAAAAUCUAUAGAAAGUUAUAUUCAAGAGAUUGGUAGAGCUGGUAGAGACGGGUCUCAAGCCCAAUGUCACAUGCUGUUGGAUGAUGAUGACUACCUGUUGAUAAGAUCAUUGUGUUACAGUAACUAUGUAGAUGUCUUUACUGUGAAAAAACUAAUUCAAAAGGUAUUUAAAGACAAUGAAAUUGGAACUGUUAUUGCAAUGGGAAUUAAGCAGUUGGAAAAACAUUUAGAUUUGAAAGAGGAAGUCAUCUCAACAAUAUUAACCCUUUUACAAAGCAAAGGCUAUGUAAAAGUCUUGCCUCAAAUGAACCACAUAUUCACCAUUUAUUUUAUGAAAAGUACACCAGUAGAACUUUCUAAAAAGCAUGCAUGGAUUAAGAUUGCUCUCCAAAAUUCCAAAUCUACAAAGUUUGAAAUUGACAUCUCCAAACUCUCAAAAGAAGCCUCCAUAACUCUCUCACAAUUAGAGAUGGAAAUUAUAGGAUUGAAGGAAAUUGGAGAAAUCAAAUAUGAAUCAAAAUCUGAAGCCUUUUGUUUAGAAGUUGUAAAAGAUGUCGAUGAUAUUAUUCAAGUGUCUACAAUAAUAACAGAGGAAAUGAAAUCAUUAGAAAAAAUCAAUGUACACAAAUCCAAAGCAAUGUAUAAACUUGCCAGAGAAUUCAUUAUUUCAGAUGAAGAAUCUCAAAAAUCUCAACCAAAAAGAAAAACAGGGAUGGACGAACUAAUAGAUAGUUAUUUCACAAGCGAAAAGGAAGAGGAUUUUCUAUCAAGUGAAAAUGAUAUUGCAAAAACAGAAUUGAAAGGAAAUGACAGGAUUACAAUUCAAGCUGAUUGUUUUGUAUUAUUGAGAAAGUAUGAAUCAAUUCCUAAUGCAAAGGUACUAGCAAAAAUACUUACUGGUCUUUCAACUCCAAAUUUUAAUGUUGAAUUUUGGAAGAGUUGUGGAAUGUGGGGUAGAUAUAGAAAUGUGGAUUUUUAUUCUUUAUUAGAAGUUGCCACUGAUGUUUUUACCAGACAUAAAGUAGAAAACUUGUGA